AUGGAUAACAAAGCCCCAGGCACUGCGCCUCGCCCCGGUGGGUACGACACGGCCGGUGGAGGUGCAAAACAUGAGAACUUCUUUCAUCCUAGAAUGAAGAUGAAAGAAAAAAGUAUUCAGCGAGCAGGUUUGCGCUCUUCUCGACGCACUGUGGCCUUCCUCAUGAUAGGCAUCUCGAUAUUUGUUAUCGGACCAACGUAUAUCGGUCCAUUGUAUGUGAACUACGUGGCAGGACAGAAUUGGAUGGAAAGAGCAAAGAAGUCUAUCUGGACAAGACGAAACGAGAAGGACUUUGAUCUAUACAUGACACAACGCAAGAACGGUUGGUUAGAAUACUUAGGUCUCAAGCAUUACAAUAUUGGAGGAGAUGAAAACAUUGGUGAUAUCCAAACUUACCGUCAAAAAGAACAGUAG